AUGUGAAAAAAGAGCUUGGCCUUGAGAGUUUGGGUUUGUCUCGUGCUUUUCCAGUGGCUUUGGAAUUUGAAGUUGAGCCUGAGAUCCAGUGAGGAGGUCUAGAUAUCCAGGCAGGCUGUUUGCUCGCUAUAAACAAAACCCGCCACCAAAGCCUUGGCUAUUGCGCUCCACUGAACAAGGACUUGUCUUGCCUUUCGGGAGGCUUGUGAGUUGGAAGGGCAGCGUGUUUGGUCGUCGCUUGCUGUGCCGCGCCGCGAAUACUGAAUAGAGACAUUCGCAAGGAUGGGAGUCGCCACAUCGGGACCCAAUGAAGUUCUCGUCGUUUCAGGCUGUUGCCGCUCGCCACCAACCAUCAAAAUCAAUGGUGGUCGGGCAGUGUACUGCGAGUGUGUGCAUCGUGUUCAGAGGUUGAAUCUAAACAUCAUGACAAUCAAUGUGGAGACACACAAGGUGUACACCAAGCUAGGAGUGGCCGUGUCAGUCAGCGGAGUCGCACAGGUGAAGAUUCCCUCCAAUAACAAGGACAUGAUGAACACGGCCAUCACGCAGUUCCUCGGCAAAAAUCAGCGCGACAUCGUCACCAUUGCCAAGGAGACGCUCGAAGGCCAUCAGCGAGCCAUGCUGGGAACGCUCACCGUUGAGGAAAUCUUCCAAGACCGACACAAGUUCUCACAGGCCGUGUUUGAGGUGGCAUCAACAGAUUUUGUCAACCUGGGCCUGACCAUAGUCAGCUAUGUACUCACCGACAUCCGAGAUGAACAUGGCUACCUGCGUGCACUGGGCCAAGCCAGAACAGCGCAGGUGCAUCGCGAUGCGGCUGUGGGAGAAGCUGAGUGUGCUCGCGACGCUGGUGUCAAGGCAGCUAAGGCUGAGCAGAUCCGCACCAAGGCUGACCUGGAGAACAGAACCAUCAUAGCGCAAGCUGAGCGUGACUUCCUGCUCAAGAAGGCCACCUACGACCAGGAGGUCAAUGCCAAGAAAGCCGUCUCGGAACUCUCCUACUCGCUUCAGCAGGCCAAGACGCGACAGAACAUCAAGGAGGAGACCAUGGAGGUGGCGGUCGUCGAGCGGAGGCGAGCUAUUGACGUACAGGAACAGGAGAUCAGCCGUAAAGAGAAGCAGCUAGAGGCGGAGAUGAAGAAGCCAGCAGAGGCUGAGCGUUUCAAGGUGGAAAAGCUUGCGGAGGCACACAAGCAAAGGACUGUGUUGGAGGCUGCAGCAGAGGCUGAGGCUGUCAAGCUGCAAGGUGAAGCCCAGGCCUACGCAAUCGAGGCCAAAGCUCACGCUGAAGCUGAGCAGAUGGCCCGCAAGGCGGACGCAUGGAAGGAAUAUCAGGAUGCAGCUAUGGUUGACAUGGUCCUCGAUAACCUGCCAAGAGUUGUGGCGGAAGUGGCCGCGCCCGUGUGCGAAACCAAGCGUAUCGUCAUGGUAUCCGGUGAAGGCGGUGAGGUUGGUAUUCACAAGAUGACGCGUGAAAUCCUCGACGUGGUCACCGACUUGCCAGACACCGUGCAGAAGAUGACCGGGGUGGAUGUUUCUAAGGCUCUGGUUGCAUCACGCGCCUAGACCGACGAGGACCAGCGACUGGCAGGCUCUCAUCUGGAGUGACACAUUCAGUUAGAACCCUAUCGUUGUCCUCACAUGUUCUGCUUUUCAAAUAGCUGCUCUUGUGGCUGCGAGCCCAACGUAGGCGUGGGAGAGGGAAGGGCGAACUGUCGUUACAACAGCACGACCCAGUACCCCUUCCCGGCCCACGCAAGCCUGUGAAGACAGUCUUUUGGUCAUUUUCGCUUUUAGGCAAGUUUACCGUCAAUGCGGCAAGGCAGGAAAUUAUUGAUGCGCUCCCCCCACUACGCAUGUAUUCUGUUAGUGCAAGGUUACCGUGGCAACAUUCUCCUGCUUUUCUUCUCUGACCUAGUCUUCUUUUGUUCGUAGGAUGAUCAUGUUUAGUCUUGGGCGUUUGCUCAUCUUGGGUUUUUAAGAAUACCACUGCAGCCGUUCAACUAACUUCUCUCCGUAAUGUAGAGCUCUGGGUACGGCCUGGGUCCGCUAUCAGACCUCUUUUACAUGCAUAGCACAAGUAGACUGAUGUUCUCUUUGCCCUGGCCCAGUGCGCGAGGCAACGUUUAGGUGUGACUUUAGCGGGUUUUCCCGAUUUUCCGAUACGAUUAGAGAGGGUUUUCCUGAUUUUCCGAUACGAUUAGAGAGGGUUUUCCGGGUUUUCCGGUAUUGUACAAUAAUAGAGAGGGGUUUACUGGUUUUUCGAUGCACCCUUUUGUUUCUUAUAGUGACGUCCUCGUCUUUACGUUAUUUCUGUUUAGUGUUUUUUUUUGUUACUGGCUUCCGUCUUGUGCUGACUACUUUGUAGGAUGAGUAAGGUACACUCUGAAACACUA